ACUCUCGCAAAGUCGCAAACAAAAGAAACUGUCGCAAGUUAUUGACGGUUAUCAUCAUCAUCCUCUCGAAGAAAUGGCACGUACGAAGCAAACUGCGAGGAAAUCUACUGGUGGAAAAGGUCCAAGGAAAGAACUCGCUACCAAGGCGGCGAGGAAAACUGUUAGACGACCGUACCGUGGUGGUGUCAAGAGGGCUCACCGUUUCCGUCCUGGAACCGUCGCUCUUCGUGAGAUCCGCAAAUACCAGAAGAGUACCGACUUGUUAAUCCGUAAACUUCCUUUCCAACGUCUUGUUCGUGAAAUCGCUCAAGAUCAUAAGGUGGAUUUAAGGUUUCAAAGCCAUGCGGUACUCGCGCUUCAAGAGGCAGCCGAAGCAUACUUGGUGGGUUUGUUCGAAGAUACCAAUCUGUGUGCGAUUCACGCCAAAAGGGUUACGAUCAUGCCCAGGGACAUUCAGUUGGCCAGACGCAUCCGUGGGGAACGUGCUUGAUGAAUCAUCUUGAUGAUUAUGUGAAUUUGUAUAUUAAGUAUUUUUAGUGUUGUUUUCGUUUUGUUCUAUGUGGGGUGAGAUAGAAUCAUGUAUAUAGGUUUCUGAUUCGUACUCUAGAUUAAACCCUUUGGUGUGUAUCUUUCUUUCUGGUUGACUCAGUAGGAACUUGUUUUUGUGUCUUGUUUGUAAAAUAAUCUGUUUCGUGAAUG